GCAGCGUAUAAACCAUGAGCACAGCCAGAGCAGAGGAGCAGAGGGAGUCACAAUCAGAGAGACAACAUGGUUUUGUUAUUCAGGGCUGUAUUGCUGCUGGCUCUGCUCGCUGCUCUUCACUGCACAAAAUCUCAGAGCAUCAAGACCAAAGUUAACAGACGAGGAAAAGGUCGCACCGUGAAGCUGAUCCUGGACCCCUCCCUCUCCUCACAUCUCUUCUCAGACCCCCCAGUGUCCUCCAGCAACACGGCCAACCUGUCAGUGUCUCCAUGGGUCUACAGAGAGGAUUGUGACCCAUCCCGGGUGCCUCAGUGUCUGUACGAAGCAAAAUGCCUGACCGCUGGCUGUGUGAACCCCGAGACCGGCCAAGAGGACCUGUCUCUGGAGGCCAAACCCAUCCUGUACCAGAUCGUGGUCCUGCACAGAGUCCAGCGCAAAAAGAAAGUGGCUCGAGGCAGGACGUCCCCACAGGAUUUCGACAGGGACAAGAAGAGGUACGACUUCAGACUGAGCACGAAGGUGGUGACUGUGGGCUGCACGUGCAUGAGGCCCAUCGUGCACACGCAGAACUGAUCAGGCCUGGGACAAGACAACGGUGCCGCCCUUGUGGACAGAGUCUUUAAUGCUUUUGCACUUUUAGCGUUAUUAUUAGACUAUUUAUAAAAGCAGAGCAUUUUACAUAUAAUAUAACUUUAGGUUCUAUUUGGAUGCUAAAUACUGUGACUUUUUUUAAUUUAUCAUUUAAUUUUGUAAUGGAAUUUCAAAAUAUCUUUGGUCCAGUUUGGCUUUGUACAGGGACCUUUCUUCAUAUCAGUUGUUACUGUAUUUUAUUUCAUCAACAACAAUACCAGACCAAAAGCUAAAGCCUGUUUUUCAUGUUGUAACAAUGUGUUUAGCAUAAGGAAGUGAAAUGCUGCCCUCUACAGGUUGCAUCAAAAUUUUGGAUUUAAAGGAUGUGAAAUAUGCCAUUUAGAUUUGUUCUCAAAAUGUAUUAAAAAAAAAAAGAUUUAACUAAUUUCUCUACCUGACCUUUAACUUGGUCAAUCAGGAUACUCGGAUAUUGUAAUGUCGUAAAGUGCGUUG